AUAUAAGUAUGGCUGGAAUGAAACUUUUGCAAUGGGAACUUCCUUUAUAAACGCGUGUUUGCAACAGUUAAUGUUGUAGAAAACAACGCCGAGGUCGAAGUGAUUAUUCAAGUCUCUCGUGAUUGGAAACUAUGGAUCUGUACCUGACAGUUUUCAUUAUGACACUGCUAACUGCUGGCAAGUCAUUCGCCGACGAAUGUAACAGCGAGCCAGCAGAUGUUGUUUUUGUUUUGGACUCCUCCUACAGUAUAUGGCCUCCAGACUUUGACAGGGAACUCAAAUUUGCUGAGAACGUAAUAAAGACGUUAAAUAUUGGACCAGGAGUAGACAAUACUAGAGUCGGUGUUGUCACAUUUGGACAUGGUGUUUGGCCAAAAUUUUAUCUGGACUCAUACUUAGAUACGGACAUGAUCAUCCGAGCAGUGAGGAGGAUAACUUAUGGUGAAGGAAAGACAACUAACACUGGUGAUGCUUUGACAUUCACACGUGACGUCAUGAUGUCUGCACGUGCCGGCGGACGCAGCAAUGUAACAAAAAUUGUUAUAGUAGUGAGUGACGGACGUUCGCAGAAGACUUGGUUUACACAGGAAGUAGCCAAAACAAUGCAGGAUAACGGCAUGUUUUUGUUUGCAAUCAGCAUAGGAUUUAAACUGGACCACAAGGAACUAGCAGGCAUUGCUAGUGACCCGGACAAUUUACACUAUUUCAGUAUUGACGAACACAGCGAUAUGACAUACAUCAAAAGAACUAUAGACGAAAAGGUGUGCCAAGUGAACGAUGACGCCUUCGGCGAAUGGAACUUCACAGACAAUACAGCUGAAUUUAAAGCUAACGAGGAAGUACUUAUUUUAGAUUGUAGUGAUAAGAAAGCGGACAUAUUUUUCAUGAUUGAUGCAUCAUAUAGUAUACAAUCGGAUAACUUUGGUAAAGAAAUGGAAUUUGUCAAGAGCGUGGUUGACUUCCUUGACAUCGGCGCAAAUAAAACUCGUGUUGGGGCCAUGACAUUUAGUGAUACGAUAAAGUUUCAUGCAAAAUUAGAAUAUAACUUGGAGAAAGAAGAAUUCAUUUCACAUCUAAACUCUGCGAAUUAUAUGGGAGGUGGAACCGAUACGGCAUCUGCUUUACGACACAUGCGUGAAGAAGGUUUCUUCGCAAGUACAAGUCAAGUACGCAACGACGCAGCGAGAAUUCUUAUAGUCAUGACUGACGGUUUGUCAAUUACACCGGAUGUUACAACAAGAGAGGCAAAACUAUUGAAGAAAAUGGGUGUCCAAGUAUUUUCGAUUGGAAUUGGCAGCGGUAUUGAUAAGCGUGAACUUGAAGAUAUUGCCAGUGAUCCAACAGAUAAGUUCUUUCUCCAUGUUGAUAAUUUUGGUGCAUUGGAUACUAUCAAGGUGAAACUUGCUGCAAGAUCAUGCACGGUUCCCCCGACUGGUGGAUUCCCUUUUAUAGCUGAUCAAGCAGUAUGUCAUCCGAUGCGGCCUACGGAUUUGAUAUUUGUUUAUGACGCACAAGCACUUGGAAGCUGGCGCUCCCAGUCCAUUUCACAGUUCAUUUCCAAGAGUGUUGCUGAGUUCAGUCUAGCAACAGACGAUCUUCGGGUAGGACGAGAAAUAGAGAAUUGUCCUAGUGGCAAUAUACCUAUAGGCAGUGCACUGCAUAACACAGAUCUAGAUGAAGUGCGGUACCAAACCUUUACGGAUAUGAUUAGACGGGUCACCAGAAGUCGAAUGUCGGAAGAAAAUGGAGGGAGAAAAGAUGCUGCAAAAAUGGCGGUUAUUUUUGUUGAUUCCUCUCAAAGAAUGAAUUAUGAGACAUUCAUGGAAGCAAGAAAGUUGAAAGAAAGAGUUGACUUUUUCUAUGUGGUGACAGUAGGACAUAAUAUGCAAACUUUGCAUCUUACAGGGCUUGCUGGGGAAGGACAUUUCAUAAGUGUUAAAAGUUAUGAAGAGUUGCAUCCCUUAGCAGACAAAUUAAUGAGCGCUAUGUGUGACUUCUUUUUCACGUUCUAACGGACCAAUUUGGAAAAGUAUGUGCCAUCUAAGUGUAGAUGUAACGUGUAUUUACUAGGGCAUGAUAUAUGUUUAUUGCUUAUUUAUGAACAGGCCAGUAUUUAUUAUGUUAAGACAAUUUCGUUUUUAACUUGAAGUGAUUACAGCUUCCCACGUGAGUUGAGGUUUUAAACUCGCUGAGGCUCCAUGAUUCGCCAGUGCAGCGUCCGAUACUUUGGCGGCCGUAAAAAGUCGCACCGACUUCCUUUCAGUGUUGUUAUAUUUUUUGGUCCUUCGGGAUCAUUGAUUUCAACUCAUUUAGAUUUGAAGUUUGAAUACUGCUUAAGCCGGUGCUAGGUUGCAUUUUUCAUUACUGCUCAUGAACAGACUCGAUCAAACCGAGUCUGUAUUUUCACUCUUUGCCAUGUUCUCGGUGCUUCCGAGGGAUCUACUUUCCAAAUUUUAUUUAUCAUAUGUCGAAUAGUUUUAAAUGUUAACUGCAGCAUAUUUUAUGCCUAUCAAUUUAAAAUAUUCACCUAUAACAUUUUGACAUUUCCUUAGACUCUAUUACAUGCGGACUGUUUGUGUUCAAAGUGCGUCCUCUUGGCUAGUUAGAUAAAGAGAACUUAUAACUACAAUCCGGUUUUGUCAAAACACUUUAAUGUAUAUCUAUAGGAUAGUCUCUUGUGACCAUUAUAAACUGUAACACUCGUUGUUACAUAUUGCCAUGUAGUUGUACAAUAAUACAAUUUUGCAUCUAUUAUAUUAUGUGCGGGUCACAAUAAAUUUUGAACUCUCUCUUUGGUUAACUACAAACACAACUGUCACUUUUACUUCCCAUUGUGUUACAGAUAUACAGGAAAGCGUAAAUUAAAGCCAGGUGAAUCACCUAGACGUGUGUUGCUUACAUUAUGUACGAUAUCUUGAACAUAAAACUGAUUCCAUAAAUAUAUACAUACACAUAAUUUAAAAGAAAGCAGAACAACUCAAGAAAUAAUGUAGAGUGUGCCCCUCUGAGCAUGACCUUAACAAUAAGUGGUCACAUGUGUAAAAUCACCGAUUGCGGGCUAAAGUCAAAAUUUGAAGAACAAAAUGAAAAUGUACUUCUGAUGUCACGUAAUUAAACACGUAUUGAAAGGCUUGCCGAUCAACGUUAAAAACUUUUGACCCUCUGUCCUUCGACCUCGUGAUAUAGUUUUGAUCUUGUUGUGCACUGCUAUGAUACUUAAUAAAUAUAUCAAAAGA